AAUAAGGGUUAAAAACUGUAACCUCAUAGUGUAACUUUCACUCUCUCAUCUAUGUAAAUUCAAAUAAUUCAAUGACUUACUUGUUAACAAGUUUUUAUAAUUAAUGGAAAAAAGUAUUUAAACUGCUUUAUCCUUAAGUCAAGUUUUACAUUUCUGUCACUGCAAGGAUGAGGGGUCAAUGCUCUCUAAACACUGAGCAGGCUGCUCUACAGCAGACUGAACAUAGUGCACCCACUAGUGGCCCAAAGGCACAACUUCAAUCUAAACCAGCUUAGGGGAAAAUAGCUGAUGAUAUAAAAUGAAGAAUUUAGACAGGAAAGAAGCAGGACUCAUUUAAGCCUUACUUAGCAAAAAAAAAAAAAAAAAAAAAAAAAAAAGAAGAAUCCACCACAGGAAAAAAUAAAGUCAAAUGUUUUGACACAGAGAAAAAGAGAAUAGGAAAGAUGCUUCAAAGAUGCGAAGAAGCAAAGGAAUAAAAGAAGCAUAUACAGUAUGUGGGUAUGGGAGAAAGAGAUACCCACAGAGCUCUAAGACGCUAAUCUCCCUCCAGUGUCAUGGUGUCAGUAGGAGGUAAAGAGGCUCCCCUUCUGGCCCUGAAUGAACAAUAAAAUCAAACGCACACUGGCAAUAACACUCAUAAGGGAAACACGCGGGUAUGAGUGUGUAAAACAUGUGUGUGACAUGUCAGCAUCAACUGUGCUUAACUGUAGAUAAUAGCAUUUGUAGGCUGCUGCUGUGAGAGUGUGUGCGCGCUGAGGCAUUUCUUUCAGCCUCUGAGGAAGCAGAGCUCUUCAACACAUUGCAGAAAGACAUCCCCCGCUGUUAUUUCUGGUUUCUUUAUAUAUUAUGCAGUGAGCCGUUAUAUAAAGAGCUGCCUCCUCUCUUUCCCUCUUAUUUAUUUAAUUUUUUUUUACUUUUUUCUUGUGUCCUACCUCCCUGCUUUUGGUUCUUUCCCUCAGUGGGAGGAUAAUCCGGAAUCCUCUCGGGGAAGCUUUGAUCUCCCCCUCAUCUUUCCAAACUCAUACACAUGCACGCAAACAUACACAUCGGGCCGGGAGGUUCUCUGGGAACUUCUGUUUGCAGUUUCCCAUGCAUUGGCUCUGAACUGACAAGAGCUAUGGAUAUAUUCUAAUUAGCCAAGCCAUUGCAGCCUUCCUCGAGGGUUUCACAAACAAAAGUCGUGACUAAAUUGAUCGACGCACAAACACGGCUGGAAAAUUGGCCAGUGGUACUGAUGUAACGGUGUAUUCCAGUCAGGUGGCACUAGCCUUGUACACUGCAGCAGUAUCAACACCUGCUCCAAGGACAGCCCAUUGAUUCUGCUAGCGAGGCAGACAGACAGAGAGAUUGAUGACUGUGUUGGCAAGUGGCAGCCGGGAGAGAAAUUGACAUGUAAGUGGUGGAGAGUGAGGGAGAGAUGGGAGGAAGGACAAAAGGGAGGGAGGAGGGGGUGAUUUUCAGUCUGCGCAUCGGUGGAUGCGAGCAGAGGCGAUGUGUGUGGUGUGUCCUCGUGACAGCUCAGCAGCUAUACCACAUGUCUGCUCGGGAAGGAAAGGGGGAAGCCUCUCCUCUCUUCUCUCCUCCUUUUCAAAACAACCUCACACUGGCUGCCUGAUGCUGUUGCCAUGGCGUUGGGGUGUUCUGGUAAUUGGCGUACACACUUACUCACAGGCAGAGAGAGAGAGAGAACCAUCGGCUUUUGUCACCUAAAUUGGGGAAGGAUGCAAUUAUCGCCCAUCUCUCCUUUUUUCUCCCCUCCUCUCUGACCAUUUUCCCUUCCCCCUCUACUCUCUCUCUUGUUGUCUCCCAGUUGUUAAAAAUAGCUUUCCGCAGACACCCUGACAGCAUCUAAUAUUGGGAUUGGGAUGUGGAUAAUGAACAGGCUUAUGGGUUCUCCACAAUGGCUGUCGCGCUUGGGGAUGUCAGGAGACAACAGAGGACUCAAAAGAGAGAGAGAAGCGUAUGAUAAUAGAGAUAAUGGCGAUAAAAAUACAGUCGCUGUGAAUUCACUUUCCUCAAAACGAGUCCCAUCCGCUCUCUCAGCCCUCAUUGUUUUACUGUAGAGGGGAGGCAUAGCUAUACGGAUGACAUUCCUUCACAAUGGCUGACUCAAUAAAAAAAUGGCUUUUAGAGGGAAUUAUAGGGGCUAGGAAUUGAAGAGGAUGGGAUUCAUCUGCAGCGGUUGCACAGCUGGAAAAGAGGGAAGAGAAGAGAGGAAAAGUGUGGAAUCCAAGUCUGGAUAUUAUACAUCAAUCACUCAAACCUUCCUUCUGAACCUCAUGUAUACGCCAAUGCCGAGCUGUAAUUAGGGCUCCCCUCUUCUCCCCACUUUCUGUCAAAUCAUGUGUUCUGAAUAGAGCGUGUUGCUGGGGCUGGCAGACUACAGCAGGGGAAAAAGAGACAGAAGAGGGAGGGAGGGAACAAAAAAAAAAGAGAGAAACAUGGAGAGAGAGAGAAAGAAGCAGGGUAGGAGGGGGGAGUGAGCGCUACAGCAGUGAGAGCAACGAAGCAAGACAAAUCCAGUGGAGGAACCCCCCCUCCAGUCAGAUGAACAACGCUGCCUCACUCCCUCCUCCUCCAUCUCCUCCUCCUCCUGUCUCCAUUGCCGUUUUUUUCCCCUCCUCCUCCCCGCUUCUUCUCAUUAUUCAUCAGUGCGCUGAGAGUCCCCAGCACACGGCUCCAGCUGCUCCAGCCGAUCCACCGAGCCUGCUGGAUCUCCUUCUCACAUAGCCUGGCUACAGCGCCUACUUUAUCCUCCACCAAUCCACCAUCCAUCCCCAGGCAUGGAGACUCAGAGCUGGCCCUUUUCUGCUGCCGAGAGGGAGAGUGAGCCAUCAUCAAGCUGCUCUCUUAGCUGUUGAGAAGAGAAACACUAGAGGAGAGAAGAGAGGAUUUUUUUUGUCCUUUUUGGCUCUUAAAGAAUCCUGUUCGUCUGCCUCUAUAUUUUUUUUCUAUUGGAUUACAGUUCUGGCUUUGUGUAGGAACGAGAAAACGGGGUCCAAAAUGCCUGAAGCCAAUUACCUGCUGUCGGUGUCUUGGGGUUACAUUAAGUUCAAGAGAAUGUUGAAUCGGGAGUUGACGCACCUAUCUGAGAUGAGUCGGUCUGGGAAUCAGGUUUCCGAAUUCAUCUCCAACACCUUCCUAGACAAACAGAAUGAGGUGGAGAUCCCGUCGCCGACGUCCAAGACGCGAGAGAAGAAGAAGCAGCAGAAGCAGCAGUUGAUGACACAGAUCAGCGGGGUCAAGAAGGUUUCCCACGGGCCCUCGCUCUCCAGCAGCAGCAUCUCGCGCUUUGGUGUCAAGACGGAUAAGGAGGAGCUGCUAUCCAAGGAGCUGGAGGACCUCAACAAGUGGGGCCUGAACAUUUUUACUGUUUCAGAGUACUCUCACAACAGGCCUCUUACCUGCAUCAUGUAUGCCAUCUUCCAGGAGCGAGACCUGUUAAAGACAUUUAAGAUCCCCAUGGAUACGUUCGUGGCCUACAUGAUGACGCUGGAAGAUCACUAUCAUUCAGAUGUGGCCUACCAUAACAGCCUGCAUGCUGCCGACGUAGCCCAGUCCACACACAUCCUCCUCUCCACUCCAGCCCUGGAUGCGGUCUUCACAGAUCUUGAGAUACUAGCAGCCAUCUUUGCUGCAGCUAUCCAUGAUGUUGAUCAUCCUGGAGUGUCAAACCAAUUCCUAAUCAAUACCAACUCUGAGCUGGCCUUGAUGUACAAUGACGAGUCUGUGCUGGAGAACCAUCACUUGGCUGUAGGAUUCAAGCUGCUGCAGGAGGACAACUGUGAUAUCUUCCAGAACCUCACCAAGAAGCAGCGGCAGUCCCUGCGCAAGAUGGUCAUCGACAUGGUUUUGGCAACUGACAUGUCCAAACACAUGAGCCUGCUGGCUGAUCUGAAGACUAUGGUAGAGACAAAGAAGGUGACGAGUUCUGGAGUACUACUGCUGGACAAUUACACCGACAGGAUACAGGUGCUGCGUAACAUGGUGCACUGUGCUGACCUGAGUAACCCCACUAAAUCCCUGGAGCUGUAUCGUCAGUGGACUGAUCGGAUAAUGGAGGAGUUCUUCCAUCAGGGAGACAGAGAGAGGGAGAGGGGAAUGGAGAUCAGCCCUAUGUGUGAUAAACAUACAGCCUCAGUGGAGAAGAGCCAGGUGGGUUUCAUCGACUAUAUUGUGCACCCUCUCUGGGAGACCUGGGCCGAUCUGGUCCACCCUGACGCCCAGGACAUUCUGGACACACUGGAGGACAACAGGAACUGGUACCAGAGCAUGAUUCCCCAGAGUCCCUCCCCGCCCUUCUAUGACCAGGGCACGCAUGGACACAGUGGAGGCACUGGGGGGCAGGGAGGCGGAGAGAAAUUUCAGUUUGAGCUGACCUUGGAGGAGGAGGACUUGGAUGGAAUAGAGAAAGAUGGCGAGGAGGAGGAAGACGAAGAGGAAGAGUUAGAAGAGGAGGAGGAUAGUCUAGGAGAUUCUCGUUCUCCUCCGCGGGAGUAUUUGGAACAGGAGGAGGCUGACAUGAUGGAGCCUACGACGGCAAUAGAGAUUGUGACACACGAGGCGUCACCCACAGACACAUAGGGCUUCCAUCAUCAGGCUCACAUGGUGAUUUGAAAGUUUUUGGAAAAAGAGGGGAGAUCCUCUUGCAGCUGUGCUUUUUAAUAAGCCCACAGAAGCAAGGGCUUAGUUUCGUCCCGCACGGGGGCGUCUUGCACUUGGGUGUUUGAAGCCAGACUCGGACAGACAGUUUCAGAGAAGCGGCUUCAGAGUUCUCAGGAAAUAAUGACUGCGAACAUUUUAGUCUUGAUGGACAGGCGAGACUGAGGGUGGAACUUGAAGGAUUUCGGCCAGUUUGGGAAAUGGUUACUUUCCUUUUCUGGACUGGCAUUAAAUGGACAUUGACACUACUGAGAGAAGUUUUGUACCUUAAGACUUUUUUACAGAUAUGAUAUGAUCUAGAAGUAGCAUACAGUAAGAUCUACUGAUGGAGACACAUUUGUAUAGCAAGAGAAAGUGUUUACUUUUUUCCUGUACCAUUUGUCAAAGGACUUUUGUGUGCCUUUUUUACUAUUGUCUUUAUAAUAGUUUUUUAUUUAUUGAACACUCUAGUAUGUCUGUGAAAUGUUUUUUUUUUUUUUUCUUAUCUGAAAGAGCAAAAUCUUUUUUGUAUGUUAAAAAGAGAACAGUCUUCCAUGUAUUGGGCAAUAGAGAAAUCCAACAAACGUCAACAAACAACAAGCUGGACAAGCUCAUCUAAAUAGGGAAACAUUAACACCCACAUCUUACGCACAUUUUGUUGCAUUUUGUUUUUCAAUCUGAGCACAAUAUUUUUAUUUUACACGAGGAAUUCAAACAUUUAUGCUCACUCAUGGUUCAUGUUACAUGUUUAGUUUGUUGCUCUCUAUUAUCAGAUGUCAGUCGAUGAAUGUCACAUUGAAAUACAUCACCUAUUUUCAUACUCCAUCAUCUCUUUUUCUUUGUAACGGCCAUUGGGGGCGCUUCCUUCAUUUUCACACCAAAACUUGACUCUUAAUGCAGAAUGCUAAUUGAAGAUAUGCAAUUCUUCACUUGCAACUAUGUGGCCAGAUAUUACUGCUAAAUUUUCAGUAAAAAGAUUAAUGGGACAUUUCAUUUAUAUGAUUUUGUCUUCAUUUUGCAUUGUUAAUCGUUGUGUUCUUGGUGUGAAAUAGAGGUUAGUCCAGCAGAAAAAGCAGAAGCAAGUCUAAAAACAAACAGCUGAUGACAACAAGCUGCUUAGAUCUGUGAUAAAUAAGAAAUUAGGUCUGCCAAGGACAAAAUGCACAACAGUGGUGAAUCUAUUUUUAGCCCACAGGUAUGCUGCAGUCUUAAUAAUCCUGUUAGUUGGAACGGGUCCUGACCCGAGACCCGUCUGAUGUAACGCUCCCCUGCCCCUCUGCAAUCAGACCCAGACCAGAUGAUUAACGGUGCUCUUACAGCUGCCUGUCUGAAAGGCGCUCCACUACCCUCAUCAGUGCCACUAUUCACAUGGUUUACAAACCCCUCUGGGCUCCACAGACACGACCCCAAAACAAUCAGGCCAGCUAUUUCUUCCACAUGAUAAAAAUCCCUCAAGUGCAGCGUCUGCCCAUUGACGUCAAUUCAGUUUUUUCCCUCCCCCUUCACUGUAUCAGGUUUCCAGGACAGUCGGGUUAUUAGGAUUUGGAACAGAUGGAAUUGCUGGAUU